AUGGUCAGUGAUGUGAAAAUAACUUGUUCUCUGGACUGGAUGAUGGUCCAAGUUGUCCCAAAUACUUGCAGUGGACAUCAGUAUAUACUGGCUGAGGAAUUAUACCUGGGAUCAGGUUGUCCUGCGACUCGGAUUGAAACAUAUGUGUAUCAUUUUAUAUAUCUCAUUUCUGAUUGCGGCAUCAGGACACAGGUUGUGUCAGAGCAUAUUCUCCUCUUGCAAAGUGAGCUGUACUAUAACCCAAGGGAUCUACAUUGCCAUUGCCAAAUAAUUCCUCUGCAGUGUUCCACCUCUAGGCAAUCAGUGUGGCUUACACCAGUCUCAACAGAUGAAAUAAAAUUGGAUCCCAGUCCUUUUAUUGCUGACUUCAAGGCAACGCCAGAAGAGUUAGGAUUACUAUGUUCUGGUUAA